AUGGAUCCCUUAGAUCCGUAUGUUGCCAGAAAAUCUCCACCGCCGAGUGCACCGUGGGCCUUUGACCAACAACCGGCAACAGGUAUACCAGUUCCACCUCCUAACUAUAACUAUGUUGAUCAUUCCCAACUACCUCCACCACCGCCACCACCUCCGCUGCCGCCACCGCAGCUACCUCAAGCUCAUGUUGGCACUCCAGGGAAGUGGUCUACUGGUCUAUGUGGUUGCUGCUCCGAUAUUCCAAAUUGUUGUAUAACUUGUUGGUGUCCGUGUAUAACAUUUGGUCGGAUUGCUGAGAUUGUAGACAAAGGAUCUAGUUCCUGUGGAGUAAGUGGAGUACUUUACACUCUUAUAGCCAUUACGGGAUGUGCGUGCUUAUAUUCUUGCUUCUAUCGUUCAAAGUUGAGAAGGCAAUACAUGCUGCCAGAGAAUCCAUGUGCAGAUUGUUGCGUUCAUUUCUGUUGUGAAUGUUGUGCCUUGUGCCAAGAGCAUCGUGAGCUUAAAAACCGCGGAUUCGAUAUGUCUAUUGGAUGGCAUGGAAAUAUGGAGAAACAGAAUCCUGGAAUUACAGUGGCACCAAACUUUCAAGGAGGAAUGAGUAGAUAA